AAGUAGAAUUUGUGUAGUAAUUUUUACGCUGUGCGGUUGGUACCAGGAUUAAGUAACGUCACUUCUAUUUAUGGCGCCUUCGGGACGCUUUUUCCUGAAGAAUUUUGUGGCGUUGAAAUAGCAACAAAAGUAAUAAAUAAAUAAAAGGCAUCGUGCGAAAGCGGUUUGCCGCCUUCUUUCCCCCAGCAAAUGCUAGUAGCCAGCCUAAUAUUCCAGCGCAAACCUUUCCUUUAAACCAAACCAAAAUGGUUGACAUCGAAAGUCUUUCCGAUGAACAACUUCGUACCAAGCUCAUCGAGCACGGUUUCCCGAUUAUGCCCAUAACCGGUACGACUCGCAAGUUGAUGCGGAAGAAGCUGAGGAUUCUGAUCGAGAGCAAAAAUGACGGGCGAAGGUCAUUGGGACGUUACUCGUCCGAAGAAGAGAGCGACGGCGACGUAAGCAGCACGAAGCGUUCGACACGACGUGCAACGAUGGGCGCACCAUCCGUUCGCUCGGUGAAACAGACCGAGCCGGAGGUUCGCAAGUCGACCACGCACACCACCACCACGACCACGAAACGUGUGCAGAAGACGUUCCAGGACGAAUUCGAUACGGGAUCCGAUUCGGAACCGGAAGUGAUCGAGGUCGACACCUCGUUCUCGCCGAUGUCCCAAAUGAACUUUCAGCAGUCGACGACGAAAUACUCGCGACCGCAGACCGUCACCUCCAGCUCGCACUUCUCCAACAGUUACUCGCCUUCUUUAGCCGACAGGCCGGUCUUGUCGAGCCGCUUCACCUCGCCGACCAGCGACGGCGCGCUCGACCGUCUCAAUCAGAUACGUUCCCGUCUAAGUUUGAGCGCGACCAGCUACGAGCAGCCGCCCGCCGCCGCCGAGGACGAAAAGGCCGAGACGCCGUUCUUGAGCAAUUUCACCAAGCGACUGUCGCAGUUGUCGACCGUGCCCAAGCCGGAGUACGACUAUAAAAAUGACAUUAUCAAGGAGCACGAUACGAACGGGGCCAGCGCGUACAUCCGCAGCUUGCAGGGAAGACAGUCGCGCUAUCGUGACGUCAAUCCUUCCUACUACUCUUCGUCGAACGCGGGCGGUCAAAGAAAUAAUCUAAUCUCAGUCGUUCUUCUCGCCGUGUUUUGUUUGUUUUUUGUUUGUGUUGCCGUUAUGUAUUAUGGCAUGCGUAAUGAUGGUGGUGUCGCCGUCGAACGACCCGGUUAUUUUAUACCGCGUUGCGGCGAAGGGGGCCCGGACGCCAAGCCCGGCCUCAAUUGCAUAAACGAUUCGGAUAUCGACGACGCCGUCAAUUUAAUGCGCUUCAUCAAGCCGGAACUGGUUAAGCGGGCCGUGAGUUAUGGUUGUAAAGAUGCAGUUGUUAAACCGUACCUAACCGAGGCCGAGGUGAUCAAUUUGCGGCAUACCGUUGACGAGAAUGACUACCCCUCCCUCGCGAAACAAAUGGAAAAUAUGGAAGUGCUCGCUUUCCGAAACGCGGAAUGGGGCAUCUCGAUGGUGCGCACGGACGCGGGCAACGACCUUUCCGAGGAGCACGUUUUCGAAGACAUGGACUCCGUGGCGGUGUACAAGAGGACCCACACCGUCGGACUCGCCGUGCUGAAUCCGGACCUGCCGCUGCGUUGCCGCGUUUAUAACAAAUUCUGCGCCCUCUUCAAUUCGGCCCUCGUACUCUUCGGCACGUUUCUCACGUUGUACCUGCUCAACGCGGGCUAUAAAUACGCGAGACAGUACCACAAACAGACUAAGGACGAGGUAUACGACAUGGUUCGGCGUAUCGUCGACGUGCUGGAAUCGAACGGCGACGGCGGCGAGGACUUCUUGGUCAUCAAUCACGUCCGCGACAUGAUCUUACCGAUCAAAAAUCGCAAAUCAAUGGAAAAGAUCUGGAAGCAGGCGGUCAAGUUCAUCAACGAGAACGAAUCCCGCGUCCGUACCGAGGUGCAGGUCGUACAGGGGGAGCCGUUCGAGGUCUGGCGCUGGCUGGGCAAUCCGAACCUGAACCUGAGCGCGUCGCCGCGCUCGAAAACCUGGCAGGGACAGGCCUUCGAGACGCAGGUCGGCUCCGUUAACAGUCUACCGUGCUCGCCGACACCGUGCCUCAAGGUGCGCGGGAUGAUGGACGACAGCAACGAUCGUAAUUCGCAGCUGAUCCGCGAGGCGGUCCUCGCCAAGUGCGCCCAUCAGUGCCGCAUCCUCCACUGCGGCGUCGACAGCGUCUCCAAGUGCGUCUACUUAAAGUGCGCCGAUCAGAACGACGCGGCGAUCGCCUACCGAAACCUACACGGAUGGUGGUAUUCUGGACAUCUCGUGACCGUAAAGUACUUGCGGCUCGAGAGGUACAUGCAAAGAUUUCCCGAUGCGAUGGUAAGCGGCCCCCCGUUUCUCAAGUCGCUCUCGCCGUCGACCGACUGGUCAAGCUAAACUGAACGCACUGUAUAAACACGUUUAUUUAUUUUUUAAGAUGUUGACUUCAAAUUGGACAUAGGCGUACUUUAUUGUAAAUUUUCAUACGUUAGAGUUUUAGAGUAGUCCGAAGGUGGUGUAAGUUGCAUUACGAGAAUUCGCAGUUUAGUUAUUUAUAAUGUUUUUUCCAUUUGUUUGUAGUAAAUGUAAACGAUAACAAAUUUA